AAUAGAUUUUGAAAACUAUUUUUUAUUCAUAUUUUAAUUCUUCCACUUUCAAUAAUAUCAUUUUUUUCUUCAAAAUUAUAUAUAAAAAAAUAUACAAGGAGAAUAACUCUUCAAGUAGUUGAUCAAUUACGCAAUACGUAGCAGCACUCUUGCAUGUUUAAAUGCACGCACACUGUAAUCUGUAAUAGGUACUAAACUAAUGUUACCAAUCCUCAAAAUGGUGACAAUACUGAUAUACACAGCGUGCCCGCGCGCCGUCUCUAACAGAGCCGUCCGUCGCUCCUUCAAAAUUUUCAGAAACGAGCUAGUCCCGAGCGAUAGCGAGGUUUCUCCUGCGUUACGUUACCACUGCCAGUAUUGGUAACGGCAUAUAAUAACGUGCAAUGGAUUCACAUAUAUCUGGCCAAUAUUUUCGUGCGUCUAGUUGGCUAUUUACGGAAUUAGGUACUAUUUUAACAAAUAUUUCUGUUGGUAAAAAAUAUAAAUGGAAUUAUUUCAUAACAGUCAUAAAAUAUUUAUUGCAAGAUUUUUAACUGUUACCAAUGGUAACAGUGGUUACAUUGACACUUCGCCAGUGGUAAUCAUCAAGUACAUAAAUUCAAGUUCAAACCUUUUUCUAUCAGGUCCUGAUGAAAAUUUUAGCCAUGUUUUAUUCUAAAACAAAAUUAUUUUAAUUGUUAAUGAGGGAGGUUUCUUAUGGGAAGACGGGCAGUAACAACUAAAAAACAAUGUUUCAUAAUGAAAUAAGUCCAACAGACUUAUUUAAAACUGAUAGAAUAAGGUUUAAGCUUGAAUUUAGAUACUUCGUAAUUUCAAAAAUGAUAUUUUAUACAUACUUAUGUUUUUGAGCCUUGAAAAUCGUCAUCUUUCGUUCUUUUUUCAGUUUUAAAUUGUUUAUAACUAGAAAACGAUCAACUGUAGAGAAAAAUUACAAAAGACCGUUUUUGUUGAGAAUGACAUAAAAAACCUGAAAUAAUAUCUGCCCGGGUCGAUUUUUUUUAAUUUAUAAAAAAAUGUCAUUUUUAAUUACUAAUUAUAAUUAUAGUUAGAACAAGUUAGAUCGGGCAACCCUUGUUUUUUGUAAUUGUUAACUUUAUAAAAUACAUAUCCAAUAAUUUUUAUUCAUUAAACAGAUCGGUUCAAAUCGACAUUAUAUCGUUAUUAUACUCAUAGGAUAGGGGUUUUAGUUUAUCCGUACAAAAAUAACAGAGUACAUGAGAUAAAACUAUGGCAUUUAAACCAUUAGUUUGUAAUAAUUACUUUUCCUAUAUUAUCAAAACUAAAGUAUACUUUUAGGACAAAGGUGUGAGUGUGUGUCGGCCGAACUAAUAGAUUUUUUUGUAAGGUACCUACUAUUUAGUACACUUUAAAAGACCAAAAAUAAUAAUUUUUUUCAAGAAUUUUUUUCUCAGAACCUUUAUUAAAAUGGACAAAACUUUUACAUAUUAAUAUCUAACUCUUAGAGAGUACAAAAAAGAAUAUCUUUUUUCAUAAAAAAUGAAUAAUUAUUUUCAAUUACCAGAGAAGGUUCCCAUUGUUUUCAAUCUGGUAGAAUGUAGAGUAAUAUUUUUUGAUUGUUUUUUUAUGUGCUAUUAGAUUGAAAACUUAGCCUUUUCCUAUAUCUUCUUUCAUUUAUGCACGUACACUAAUAUUGUACAGGGCGAAAUGAUGGCGGACAGUUAAUCUCAGGAUUGGGAUAUCUGAAACAAAAAAAUCGUACUGCAUUUUAAAAAGGAAGGUUGCUUAUAUGACAGUUUACCACAAUUUGACCAAAAAAUAAAAAAUAAAUAUUUUUUUAACCAUGGCAAACCAAAGAAUACGGGCGAAUACGGGGAAUAUUUUUCACAAAAUUUUUUCAAAUUUCCGUAAAAUCUUUUUACGUAAGAGACCUUCCUUUUUCAAAAGCCGUACGAUUUUUUUGUUUCAGAGAUUCCAAUCCUGAGAUUAACUGUCCGCCAUCAGAACUACUUUUUUUUUCGAGGCCUAAACUUUGGCACCCUCUACAAUAUUAGUGUAUGUGUAUAAAAGAAAAAAGAUAUAUUUUUUGUAUUCUCUAACAGUUAGAUAUUAAUAUUAUGUAACAAGUAUUAUAUUCAUUUUGUACAAACGUUCUGAGAAAAAAAAUCUUAAAAAAUGCUUUUUUUGGUCUUCUAAAGUGCACUAGUACCUUAAAUAAUAUUCAAUGCUCAUGCUAAAAUAAUAUGAUCAUAUGGUUUUGGUUUAUUCGUUAAAAAAUAACAAAAUAUAAUUUGACAUAACGGAAAUUCCAGUUCCGAUCCCAUUUGGCGUUAUACCUCCCUACCUAGAGACUCACAAUUUCAUCUUUUGACAGAUGUUUUCUAAUUCUUCUAUAAAACUGCUCCGGUUUCAGCUUUAUACAGAAGAGGCGGGGCAAUUAGGGUAAGGUGGGGUAAUACCGGACAGCGGGGUAAUACCGGACUGCGUUGUUUGUGCACGUAUCGGCAUAUUAUUGAAUUUCGCGCUCAUCACAGGCUGACCGUUAGACAUCUGAAUCUCAGUUCUCAGUUUAGUCGCUGCCACGUGCUUGCAAAGAGAGUUAUCACAAAAAUUACAAAAUUUAGUGUGUGAUUAUAUGAAUUAACUGAUUUUAAAGAUGCCGCGGAAUUAUAAAAGAGUCACCGAAAAAGCUUCGUGGAGAGAGGAGGAGUUGCAAGGAGCACUCCGUGCUAUACAGAAUGGUAUGUCGUUAAGAAAAGCUGCAAUAAAAUUUUCAAUUCCAAAAUCUACGUUACACGAACGACUUAAAAAUGGCACUGCCCCUUCUGGACCUUCCUUGGGCCGAAAGCCAGUUUUUUCAGUUGAAGCCGAAAAUGCACUUGCUGUUCAAAUUAAGAAGCUGGCAAAAGUUUUUUAUGGAAUAACUCCCCAGGAAGUAAGAAGAUGUGCUUUUGGAUUUGCACAAUCAAACAACAUCCGAGUCCCCUUUAAUCAAGAAAGAAAAAUGGCUGGUAAAGACUGGGAAAGGGCCUUCAUAUCUCGUCACAAUAUUACGUUAAGGAAACCAGAAGCAACCAGCAUUAACAGAAUUACAGCUUUUAGUCGCAAUGAAGUUACCAUUUUUUUUAACAAUUUAUCCAGACUUAUGGAAAAAUAUGCAUUUUCACCCAAUAAAAUUUAUAAUUGCGAUGAAACUGGGGUCACUACUGUACAACGCCCACCAAAAAUAUAUGCAGAAAAAUGUCAGAAGCGUGUUGGAUUUGUUACAAGCUGGGAAAGGGGGAAAACAACCACAGCGAUGUGUGCCGUCAACGCUACAGGAACCUAUAUACCUCCCAUGUUUAUAUUUGCACGCCAAAGAAUGGCGUCCCAUCUUCAACGAAACGGUCCCCCAGGUGCCCUUUACACAUGCUCAAAAAAUGGGUGGAUUACAGAGGACAUAUUUCUUACUUGGUUACAACAUUUUCAAGCAUUUGUAAAAGCAUCCAAAGAAGAUCCAGUUCUUUUAAUCAUGGACAAUCAUAGCACUCACUGCACAUUACAAGCAUAUAAUUUUUGUAGAGAUAACGGUAUUGCUCUUCUGACAAUCCCUCCACAUUCAUCACAUCGCCUUCAGCCACUCGAUGUGAGCUUUUACUUUCCUCUAAAGACCGCAUUCAACUCUGAAUGUUCCAAAUAUUUGACCAGCCAUCCAGGGGAGAAAAUCACGCCUAGUGAGAUUGCUGAAUUAUUUAAUUUAGCAUUUAGUAGAGUGGCAACCCCGGAAAAGGCUAUCAAGGGAUUUAAAGAGACAGGUAUUUUCCCCUACAACCCUGACGUAUUCACAGAUGAAGAUUUUGCUCCUGCAGAAACCUUUCAAUCCACUGUUUCUGAUGCACUUCAAGAACCUACCCAAGCAGAAAAACUACUCAAAACAAAUGAGACUACCCCUGAAAAAAAUAGUAGUGUGAAUGAGACAGAAUUAAAAAAUGUUUCCUUUGCCGAGAUAAUUCCUCUACCAUCUUGUUCUCACGAAAAUGUUGUAAAGAGACAAAAUAAGGCAAACAAGCAACACUCUAUUGUAUUUACGUCAACACCGCUAAAAGAAGAGCUAGAAAAAAAAGAAGAGAAGAAAAAUAAAAAGACAACAAUCAAAUCAGAUAAGGCUAAAAGAAAUGUAUUUAUGACACAGGAGGGGUCUACAUUAAGACAAAAAUCAAAGCGAACAAAAAUUGCCUUAAACUAUAAAAUAUGUGAAGAAGGAGAAAGUGAGAUAGAGGAUGAUGACGAUGUUAGGGUCAAGAACAUUACCGAAGACAUUUGCAUUUUGUGUGGAGAAUUUGGCAAGAACAGUGAACUUUGGCUAAGAUGUGUGUAUUGUGGUCAUUGGGCACACAAGGCAUGUUCUAACUCUCCAAAAGACAAAAAAUUUAUUUGCGACUUUUGUUUGUAAAAGGUGUCCGUCAUUACCCCAACAUAGAGGGUAAUACCGGACAGUGACAACUUUUUUUAUAUGUAUAUUUUUAAUUUUGUAUUGUAAUUUUAAAAAGUUUUUUUAAUCAAAAUUUGUAGACUAACAUGUGUUCUUCAUUUUUGCUUAGGUUUCAAAUUUUAAUGUCGUCUAAUAAUAAAAUAAAUUCUAAUUAUCUUUAAGUGUACGCCAUUACCCCACCUUACCCUAUAUGACGCUAGUCUAAGUGACUGAAGAAUUUAGCUUUUUAGACUAAAACGUUCGAAAAUUGUCUAAGAAGCUGGAUUUUUCAGCCUUAUAGAAAAGAGGGCGGAGACAUUGAAUUUCAUUAGUCUAAGAAGCGCUUCUUAGCUAAGUGACUGGUUUCUUAGCUAAAAGGCUGAUUCUCUAAGAAACUACGACACAUAUAAUUUUAAGAUUACGUUUCAGUUUUAUCGAAUUUAAAAUGAUAGCGUCUGAUUUUUUAUUAAAACCGAUUGUAAGAGAAGAUAGUUUUAUGUACUAAUAUAAUUUGUUCGCAUAAACAUUGUUCAAUUAAAAUGUAUUUGAAAGUUAUUGGCGAGGAAAUACGUCCAAGAAUAAUAAGCCUUGAUUAUUAAUUCAAGAAUAAUAUAAAAACUUUUUUGAAGUAUUGUCUUAAUAACCUGUUGAAAUGUUUUCUCUUUUAAAUUACAAGGUAAUAAUUAGUAAAAAAUAUUUUCAAGAAAAGAAAACAUUGAUGAUAUAAAUAAUACUAUUACAUAGUUAUAUAUCGUCCUACCAAAAAAGAGGAAGGAAGAAUUAUCGACAUUUUAUAGAAUAAUUUAUUGCAAGAGAACAAAAUAAAAUAUUAUUUUUUUAAAUUGGUAACUUUUGACAUUUUCUUCUCUAGGUUCCUUUGAGCAUUUUUAAAACUAACUUUUCUAUUUAACUCUCGUAGCCUAAUAUAAGUCCGAGUUUUAGCGAAGUAAAGAACAACUUCAUAAGGCGCUGAUGUGGUUGUUAUUUGUGACAUUGUUUUAUCAGCUAAUUUGUGAAAAAUGUUGUCUUUAUAUAAAAAGUUACCAUGCAUUUUAUAGAACUCAGUCUCCAGUUUCAGAGCAACUUCCCACAAAUCAUAAUUUGGAUGUAAAGAGAGACAGCUUGUAUCCAGUCAGGGGCUCUAGUCAUGUCCAUACACAGGCGCCCAUUCACACGGGCAGGGGGGGGCGUGGCCCCCCUAACUUUUCGGGAAAGAACAAAAAUUAAAUUUAUAUUACAUAAACGUAUUUUUGUCAAAAAAUUAUUGGAUAAUUGUGAGAGAUCAAUUGGAAACAACAUAUUUAUUAAUAAAAAAAUUCACAUAA